CGGGAAAACGAUAAUUCUUUCGGCACUCGGUAUAAAACCAGCGCGAACCGUUAUCAGUGGUCAGACUUGAAGAAGCGUUUGCGAAGUUUUCGUCGAGACGAAGAUCCGAGACGGUUGGAAAGCGGCGAAGGACCCUAAAACUGAAGCGAUGAAGCACAAAAUGGUACUGAAGAGGGGUACAGACAUUAAACGAUCUAAAGUGAUUAGCAAGUUUCAGAUAGCAAUCUGCUGUAUGGUAAUACUCCACGGAAACGUUUCAACUGCGAAACCUUUGGAUCCCGAGGACCUGGAGAGCCUGCUACCACCGACGCCACACGAUAAGAACGAAACUAUGGCAGCCGUCGUCCAGGAUCCUGUCGUCCAGGACGCUGUCCAGCAAGCAGCCAGCAACGCGUCGCUAAAUGGACUCGUCGUUAAAAAGAAUGUUUACAUAUUGCCAGCCACCGAUCCGAACAGGGUACUCUCGAAACGCGAGCAUAUUCUGGUGGUCCCAACGGAGAACUUGGAGGACGUUCGCAGGAAUAUCACGGAAGCCAAGCGUGCAGAGGCUGAAUCCGGCGAGUUUACCUCGCCUGAGAACCAGCCUUUCAUAGGCGACGAGGACGAAUACACGUCUGAGUCCCUCGAUAUCGAAGGAAGCGGAAACGAAGCGGUUCAGCCCACGAAGGAUGUCCCAUUCCAGUGGACAGAGUACACGGAACAGUCACCAUCGAACGCGGAACGUAAAACUGAAACCAAGUUCCUGGAGGACAAGCUAACGCAUGACGCACCGAUGCCAGAAGACGAUUCGAAGAAGGUAGCCGUCCCCAUCGUGGCGGUCAUCGAUCCUUCGAAUGCGGAAAAGGGCAAGGUGAACAGUCCCAUUGUGGCCAUCCUACCGAAUCAGCUGAACAAAGACGCCCUGGAGAAUCAGGUUCAGUUCCUCAAGGACAACAGCGACAAGAUCCAGAGCAAUGCUCAGAACGUCGUCGACGAAUCGUCGUUGACCAUCGAUCCUGACUACCGGAAACCAUCUACGACCCCGUUGGAGAUGAAGAUUGCGUCGUCGCCGACUGAAGGAACGCUGCCAGUCCAGCUCUUACCGGAAGUAGCCUCGAGCAUGGCGACAGAAGACUUCCUGGCUCCUGUCGUGGUGCAACGCUGGAGGAUCGUCGAGCCAAUCUUUACAGACGACGCCGCUGCGUAUCCGCGACAAACUGGCGACAUGGAGGUCGCGGAGGACAUCAUCUUCAGGCCUUUGUUCAGGUAUCGACAGGAGGCGCAGGAACAGUCCAGAUACUCCAGCUACGACUACUAUCCCAGGCGCAGAUAUGGCUACGGGUCUCGAUACAACGAUUAAUGAAGAAAUGAAGUUUCUUGUCUAACUGAGGAAAAAUAUCCCCGAUGAAUAAAAAGAAAAUCUUACUCGAUGGCGCUGUUGUGUUUCCUUCGACGUAUGUUGAACGUUGUUCAACUAUAUUCAGUCUUGACAUUUACAUAUUUAGGAUCUUGUGUACCGCUCAAAAUUCG